GUUUUUCAUCAUCAUCAUCUAUAUUGUUAAUGAUCAUUGAGCAAAAAUUGUCAUUUUUUUUGUUUAAUUUUCACAUGUGAAUCGUUUAUUGUUGGAUAAAUUAUCAGUUUUUAUCAUUUCGGUCAAUUUCGUUUGUUUGUUGUCAUCAUCAUCAUCAUCGUUAACAACUAUCAUUGCAACAACAACAACAAAAAAAAAAAAUCUUGUUGGCCUUUAUCAUUUGUGAUCAUUGUUCAUGGUUUUGUCCAAGACAAAAAAAAACAUCAUCAUCAUCAUCAUCAUCGAAGUAAGAAACAAACACGACAACAUUAUCUACACACAAUUUUUUUUUAAUUAAACCUUACUAUUCAUCAAAAAUUUCAAUGUGAAUUUUUUUUUAAUGUGCAUCUCAUCUAUUGUAUGAAAAAAAAUUGAAAAUUUGUCUUUUUGUCGUUGUAACGAUCACCAUUAUAAAAUAAUCAACAACCAACGUUUAUAUAGUGUUUAUGUUUGUGUGUGUGUGUGUGUGGUUGAUAAUAGUGAUAAUCAUCAUGUCCUGUUCAGCUGUAACAUUGUCCGUGGCCACUGUGCUUUCGGUCAUUGCUGUUGCUUGUUUAGCUAUCGGUUUUAGUACCGAUAAUUGGUAUGAAAUACGAGUUGAUACGAAUCGAACUCGUCAAUAUUUGGAUGCUAUCAACAAUGAUGGUGGUGGUGGUAGUUUACCAUCCGAUUAUGAUUCAAAUUAUCUUUAUUAUUCACGUGAUGAAGGAUUAUUUCGUGUUUGUUUUGCUGAUAAAAAACCAAAAGAAUUGUCAACAUAUUUGUCGCCAACACAAACCGAAUGUUUCAAUAUUGAUUAUUAUAUACCAGAAAAUAAAGAAUCGGACAGCUUUACGGAUACACGAUGGGAACGCUUACAUAUGGCACGAUCAGUAGUGGCUUUAUACAUAAUGGCAUUUUUUUUUAUAAUCCUUUCAUUUUUCACCGGUGUUGCAGGAUGUUGGAAACGAUCACAUGCAAAUCUUGUUUCCACUGGAUUGUUACAAUUAUUUUCUUCAUUGAUGGAUGCUGGAGCAAUGGGAUUAUGGCAUGCGGUUCAAUUUUAUGAUCACCAUAAAUUGAAAGAUGAAUAUUCGUAUGCAGCAUGGCCUGAUGUCCUUAAACAACCGGGCGUUACCGAAUUCUAUUAUGGAUGGUCAUAUAUAAUUGCAUGGAUUGGCAUUAGUCAAUUAUUGGUUGCAUCAAUCAUGUUUUUAUCUGCCGCUAGAUGUAUUCGUAGUGAAAAACGUUUGGAACAAACAAAAAAUAUGCAAUAUUUAAUGCCUGUUUAUCCGGACAAACGUAGCCCAUAUGGUUUGAAUUAUGCAUAUGCAUAUCCUGGCCCAUACACUUAUCAUGGAUCUCAAUAUGGAAUGGGACCAUAUGCAUAUUGAUCAAAUUUUGGAAGAAAUUCAUUCAUAGGAUGAUGAUUUAUAACGGCUUGUCGUUGAAAAUACUUUAAAAAUACCUUUUGUCCAUCACGGGCCAUACUAAAGAUAAAUGAACCGUAUCGAAAUCAAUUGAAAGCGAUUUUUUUUGUCUCAUUCAUUAUCAUCAUCAACAAUAUCAUUUUCGCUUGUGUUGCCAAUUCAAAAAAAACCCACAGAAAAACAAAAUUCAAAUUCCGCAUAAACCUUGAAUCGUUUUUUACUCGAAAAAAUAAUUGCCAUAAAGAAAAAAAUUAAUCCGAUAAUUUCAGAAAUACAAAUCGACAAUACGGUAAAUAUGGCGUAUUAUCAUUUCCGAAAUAAAUAAAUAAAUCGGUCACAAUUAAAAGAUUACCCGAAAAGAAAAGAAUGGACAUACCAUUUUACUCACACACACACACACACACACGCAUACCUGCACAUAUACAAAUUGGAUCUCUGUAUACUUUGUGUGUAUUCAUCACAGCCAAUUUGUUCCAAUCAAUUAAUCAUCAUCAUCAUCAUUUUUUAAAAAACAAAUUUUGUGUAUGUUUUUUCCCUCGUUUUUUUUUAUUUGAAGCUCAAUAACACACACACACACACACACACAUUUGUUCCAAAACCAAAAACGAUGUACGUGCCAGUUUUGUGCUUGAAAAUUAUUUUGGAACUUUUUAAUCUGAUAAAUUAUUUGAUUCUUUUUAUUAUUAAUUAUCAAUCUUUAUU